GGGGGCCAGGGUGCAGGGAGCCCUCUCGGUCUCCCCAUCAUUACCCAGGCCCGAGUGCUUAGAGGUGGCUCCUGUCCUCUGUCCUGCCCACACCUGUUUGUCCUGGGCCAGGAACCGCCCACUCUUCCAACAGAGGCCUCAGCCUGCAGUUUACAAUCCAGAUAAGAGCCAGCUGUGGUCAAAGGUUGCGGGAUGUGACUUCCUCUUCUCUGGGGGAGGGGAGGCCUAGGGACCCCUCAGACCCAGCCUGGAAUGAGGUGGGGGCGGGGGGCCGAGGCCCUCCUGAUGGGUGCUGGGCUACAGUGGCCCCCCUGGCCCAGGGGGUUGGUGGGAGGGCAGGGGAGGCCCCGGAGGAGGAAGCAGGGGUGCCUGUCCCCCACUCCCUGGCUGGCACCACACCCAGGAUGCCCCUUUCCUGCCUCCUGGGCUAUAAAGGGCACCACUGGCACCCUGCCCUCCCUACUGCACCCUCAGCUCUCCCUCCACUGCCAGCGAACCUUCUGUAGCCAACAUGGCCUUCAUGCCCGCUCCCGGCUAUCAGCCCUUCUAUAACCCGACUCUCCCGUACUGCAGAGAGAUCCCCGGGGGGCUGCGCCUGGGAAUGUCGGUCUACAUCCAGGGCACGACCAAUGACCACUUGAAGAGGUUCCACGUGAACUUCUCGACAGGGCCCGACCCCGGGAGCGACGUCGCCUUCCACUUCAACCCGAGGUUCGACGGCUGGGACAAGGUGGUGUUCAACUCGAUGCAGAGCGGCCGCUGGGGGUCGGAGGAGAGGAAGAAGAGCAUGCCCUUCAAGAGGGGGGCGCCCUUCGAGCUGGUCAUCAUGGUCAUGAGCGAGCACUACAAGGUGGUGGUCAAUGGCAACCCCUUCUAUGAGUACGGACACCGGAUGCCUAUCCAGAUGGCCACCCAUCUGCAAAUGGAUGGAGACCUGCAGCUUCAGUCCAUCAAUUUCCUUGGAGGUGGCCCCGCCCCUGGCCAGAUGCCUAUGCCAAUCCCAGCCUACCCGGGCCCAGGAGUCACUCACUCAAAACCGCCAUUACCGUCCAUGGACGGGCCGCCAGUUUUCAAUCCGCCCGUGCCAUUUUGGGGACGGAUUCAGGGUGGCCUCACACCCCGAAAAACCAUCGUGAUCAAGGGGCAGGUGUCCCAGAAGGCCAACAGUGUCAUCAUCAACCUCAAGGUGGCCAGUUCAGGGGACCUGGCCCUGCACAUUAACCCCCGGCUAUCCGAGGGUGCUGUGGUCCGCAACAGCUUCAUGGGAGGAAAAUGGGGGUCAGAGGAGCGGAACAUGACCUUCAACCCAUUCAUUCGGGGCCAUUUCUUUGAUCUGUCCAUCCGCUGCGGUCAGGAUCGCUUUAAGGUCUUUGCCAAUGGAGAGCAUGUCUUUGAUUUCGGACACCGACUCACUGCCUUCCACCAAGUGGACACAGUGGAGAUCCAGGGAGACUUGACCCUGUCCUACGUGCAGAUCUGAGCCAGUGAUGCUGCCAGGAGAUGGAGGGAGCCAGCGCAGAAACCCCAAUCCAGACCACCCCCCAAACAGGCUCCUAGAAUGUGCUGGUCCUUGGGUUCAGGAGAGCAUUGGUGUCUUAGCUUCUCAUUUGCUUGUUUGUGUAUUCAUUUGUGCUCACUCAGCAGCUCCCUUAUAUCCAUUUAAUUUCACAAACAUGUACUAAGUGCCUACUGUGUACCCGGCACCUUUCUAGGUCUGAGGAAUAAAACAAAGACACAAAUAAAACAAUCCCUGACCUUGUGAA